UAUUAUCCGAGCUACGAUGGCGACGCCGAGCGAGAAGAACUGUACGAUCCUUCUCUUCUCGGGGGUGGAGAAGGGUGGCGCGCAGCCCCCCAGCCAAGACGAUGUCCUCAAGGGCCUGGAAAGCGCCAAGAUGGACGACAAGAUCCGUGCACUGAAGGCCGCCAUUGUCGCGCUCUUGAGCGGCGAAAAGCAACCGCGCGUGCUUAUGCAGAUCAUUCGUUUUUGCAGCACCAAGGAAGACCACCAGUUAAAGAAGCUGCUCAUGAUCUACUGGGAGAUUGCGGUCAAGUACGACGACCACGGCAAACUCCUGCCCGAGAUGAUCCUCGUGUGUAACGCGCUGCUCAACGACCUCAACCACGCGAACGAGUACGUCCGCGGGUGCAUGCUUCGGUUUCUGUGCAAGAUCAAGGAAAAGGAGCUUCUGGAACCCCUCAAGGACGCGGUCAAGGCCAACCUCGAGCAUCGCCACUCGUACGUGCGCAAGAACGCGGUCAUGACCGUGUACACCAUGUACAAGACGUUUGGCGACGCGCUCAUCCCCGACGCCCCCGAGCUCAUCGAGCGGUUCAUCGUGACCGAGUCCGACUCGAGCGCGCGCCGCAACGCGUACCUGAUGCUGUUCGACUGCGCGGAGACCGUGGCCGUGAACUUUCUCAUGAACUCGAUGGACCAGAUCCAAAAGUUUGGCGACGGCUUCUCACUCGUGAUUCUCGAACUCACCCGCAAGGUGUGCCGCGUGGACCCGGCCCAGAAGGCUCGGUUCAUCCGAUGCAUCUUCCAGCUACUGCAGUCGUCCUCGGCGGCCGUGAGCUACGAAGCGGCGUGGACGCUCGUCACGCUCAGCUCGGCCCCCACGGCCGUCCGCGCCGCCGCCAAGACGUACGCGGGUCUUCUCAACUCGCAGAGCGACAACAACGUCAAGCUGAUCGUGCUGGACCGCCUCGCGGACCUCAAGAAGCAUCACACGAAGGUGCUGCAGGAAGUGCUCAUGGACAUCCUGCGGGCCUUGUCUUCCCCGAACCUAGACAUUAGCAAGAAGGUGCUCGACAUAGCCAUGAACCUCGUGAGUCCGCGCAACAUCGACGACGUGGUGGGCCAUCUCAAGCGGGAAGUGGUCAAGACCCAGGAGAAGGGCCGCAUGGACAAGGCGGCCGGCGACGACUACCGCAAGCUGCUCAUCCGGAGCAUCCACGCAUGCGCCGUCAAGUUUCCCGACGUCGCGCAUCAGGUGGUGCAUCUGCUCAUGGACUUUCUCCCGUCGGAUGGCGCCAUGGACGUGGUGCUGUUUGUCCGGACGAUGUGCGAAGCGUAUCCGGAUCUGCGCCCGAGCAUCGUGCACAAGCUGAUGCUGUCGCUGCCCGACAUCCAGACGGCCAAGGUGUUCCGGGUCGCGCUGUGGGUGCUCGGCGAGUACGCGUCCGCCCAGCCCGCCGCCGACACGGCCGUGCACCGGGUCGUGGAGGCGGUCGCGGCGGCGCUGGGUCCGCUCCCAUUUGCCGCCGACGCCCAACCAAGUCUGCCCGUCGGCGACAAGAACCACCCCGCCAAGCCCGUGACCAAGAGCGUCGUGCUGGCGGACGGGACGUACGCGACCGAGACGUCGUACGCCGUGGCCCCGAUCACGGCGGCGUCCGCGGCGGGUCUCACGCUGCGCAAGCUGAUUCUGGCCGGCGACUUGUUCCUCGCGUCCGCCGUGAGCUCGUCGUUGACGAAACUGGCAGCCCGCGCCGUGCUGCAGGACCCCGAGAGCGCCGCGAACGGCCCCGUCAAGUCGCUCGUGCUGACGGUGCUGCGGUACAUCGCAUCGUUUCUGCUGUUGGACGCGGACGAAGACUCGAAGCGCCGCAUGCUUGUGUGUGUGCGCAUCCUCACGGACCCGUCGUUCUUUGACCGCGUCGCGCCAGUCUUGACCAAGGACUGCCGCGCAUCGUACCGGACGCUGCUGGACGAACAGACCGCGUCUGCCGCCGCGUCCGUCGACGGAGACGCCGACGUGCCGCAGGUCGAAGUGGACGACCUGAUCAGCUUCCGCCAGCUCCGGGGCAAGAAAGCGCUCGGGUCCACCGACAUUGACAUUGACGACGGCGCCGACCUCAGCCGCGCCACGGACGGCCCGAACGAGUACAGCGGCAAGCUGCGCGCCGUGCACCAGCUCACGGGGUUCGCCGACCCAGUGUACGCCGAGGCAUAUGUGACAGUGCUCGCGUACGACAUUGUCGUGGAAAUCCUCGUGGUUAACCGGACCCCCCACACGCUCAACAACUUGAGUGUGGAGCUGACCCCCAUGGGCGACCUCAAGCUCGUGGAACGGCCCGUGUCCGUCACGAUUGGGCCGCUCGACACGCGAACUAUCCGCGCCAACAUCAAGGUAUCGUCGACUGAGACGGGCCACAUCUUUGGCACGAUCGUGUACGAGUCGGCGUCGGGCGCCGAGAAGACGAUUGUCAACUUGAACGACAUCCAUGUCGACAUUAUGGACUACAUCGUGCCGGCGGACUGCGCCGACUCGCACUUCCGGAGCAUGUGGGCCGAGUUUGAGUGGGAGAACCGCGUGGCCGUCAACACGGACAUCACCAACGUGUUUGCGUUCCUGCAGCACAUUGUGGACAAGACCAAUAUGCGGUGCAUGACGCCGACGGCGUCGCUCGGGGGGGACACGCACUUUUUGGCGGCGAAUCUGUACGCCAAGAGCAUCUUUGGGGAAGACGCGCUCGUGAAUUUGAGUGUGGAAAAGCUGGACAAGGGCAAAAUUGCAGGGUACAUUCGCAUUCGAAGCAAAACGCAAGGGAUCGCGCUGAGUCUGGGCGACCGCAUCACGGCCGUGCAGAGAGGCCAAGAGGACCCGAACAAGAGAAAGAAAAUCGCAGGCUAAGUGUCGUCUUUAGUACAUAUGAUGAAGCUAACAACAUCACAAGAAUCCAUGCCAAGUAUAUGAUCCACAUGCGAAUCUCUUUGUGUGUUAGAAUCGAUCGAUAGAUUUAGCAAAUCAACACAAAAGUCCACAUUUGGGGUAAAAGGACAGUAU